UACAAACACGCGGAAGAGUUACAUUGUUACUAAUUUAGGUAUUUCUACCUAAUUCCAGUUGAUCAACUCUAGGAAUUUCUAGAGACUUCAACUGUAUAUGCUCAAGGCAGUGUGAGAAACGAAUAGCAACAACAUAUCCCUAUAUAGAGAGUCGAGACUCGGUUUCCAAUUCCACAGGGACCAUACCACGCUAAGUGCUAAGUCUCUCUUACUAUCAACAGCAUGGACAGCAUUCUCUCCUAUUUCCCCCCCUUUGAAGGGCUCCUCCCGAAAUGGCUUUUCCUCGUCUCCGUCAUCUCCGCCGCAAAUAGCGUGCAGGCGUACAUCUCCGACUCCUACGCCGCCCAGCUCUACAAUGCCCGCUCCGCCGAUGGCCGCCCAUACACCAAUCCGCUCUCCUCGCGCACCUUCGGCACUUGGACCUUCCUCUCCGCCGUGGUGCGCAUGACGGCCGCCUACAACAUCACAACGCCCGUGUCGUAUGAUCUGGCCGCGUGGUCGUUUGGUCUUGCGCUGGCGCAUUUCGUCGGCGAGUGGUUGGGGUUUGGGACCGCGCGGCUCCAGGGCCGGUUUGUGAGUCCGUUGAUUGUUGCGUCGGGGAGUUUGGCGUGGAUGUUGUCGCAGCGCGAGGCGUAUUUGGGGGCUUAGCUAACCAGGUUGGGUUUGUGGGUUUCUUAUCAAAUUUCUUUUUGAGUAAAGGGUUGUACAUUAUUCGAUUUUUUCUUUCUUUCUUUCUUUCUUUCUUUCCCUUGUCUAGCUAGGCUUU